AUGCACAAACCAUGGAGUGUUCCAGGCCUUAUUUCCGGUAAGAAUCCUCCGUCUGCAGCCGCCGGCGAGCCACCUGACCCUCCGCUUAUCCCCCCAGACCCCCCUGACCCAGCAUCUUCCCUCUCCCCACACAACUUUCCCUCCUUAUCCGAUUCAAAGACUGCCCCUCGAUCUGCUUCUGCAAUCCGUAAAGGGAGUUACCGUUCAACUGUCAAUACUGACAAAGCUCUGGCUCCUCAAACUGCCACUGGUUCUGUAAAUCUCGAUAAUACAACCAUGGCUACCUCUACUGCACCUCUUCCCACUAUCCCUCAACCUUCUCUUGUUGAAAAAAUCCGUCGAACUGAGAACAAGACCCUGAGAAGAUUUGCUCCGACAACCAUAUCCUCAUCAGGAAGACCGCGAGUUGUCAUCCCUGAUGUUGUGUUCAAGAAGGGAGCUGAGAUUCACAAAGACUUCAUUAUAUGCUAUUUUAAUGGUAGAGCCCCACCCUUCAGUCAAAUACAAAGUGUAUUCAACCAUAUGUGGGGAAAAGAAAAAAGAUUGGAAAUACACAACAACCCCCUUACCCACUCUGCUCUAGUUCGAAUACCAAGUGACUACCUUCGACAGAAAAUCCUUGAAAAAAGCAUAUGGUACGUCGGUGACUCCAUGUUUCACACGGCUCAGUGGUCUUCCAUCCAUUCAAAGUCCACGCCCCCAUUGAAAGCGAUAAAGAUCUGGGCUCACAUUACUGGCAUACCGCUGGACCUGAGGCAUGAAGAUGGUUAUAGCUUGAUUGCAGGCUUAAUAGGUGAACCGAAAGAAACGGAUGAUUUUACCAAGAAUCUUGUAAGCCUUACCUUAUCCAAUGUAAAGAUCGAAGUUGAUCUCUCUCAACCCCUUCCAGCUGUUGUUGAGUUUGAAAGAGAGGAUGGUGAAGUGGUUGAAGUCACAGUGACUUACCCUUGGGUGUAUGAUUUUUAA